AUGUCUCAGGAAACUUAUGAAUUUCAAGCUGAGAUCACUCAGUUGAUGAGUUUGAUCAUCAACACCGUGUACUCCAACAAAGAGAUCUUUUUGAGAGAAUUGAUCUCCAACGCUUCGGAUGCAUUGGACAAAAUCAGAUACCAGGCUUUGUCAGACCCAAAGCAGCUAGAAACUGAGCCAGAGCUUUUCAUCAGACUAACCCCAAAACCAGAGGAAAAGGUUCUAGAAAUCAGAGACUCUGGUAUCGGUAUGACCAAGGCAGAGUUGAUCAACAACUUGGGUACGAUCGCGAAGUCUGGUACUAAGGCUUUCAUGGAGGCUCUCUCCGCUGGUGCCGAUGUGUCCAUGAUCGGUCAGUUCGGUGUCGGUUUCUACUCGCUAUUUUUGGUCGCCGACAAGGUCCAAGUCAUCUCCAAGCACAACGACGACGAACAGUACAUCUGGGAGUCUAACGCCGGUGGUUCUUUCACCGUUACUUUGGACGAACACAACGAAAGACUAGGAAGAGGUUCCGUUUUGAGACUUUUCCUAAAGGAAGACCAACUCGAAUACUUGGAAGAGAAGAGAAUUAAGGAAGUCGUCAAGAGACACUCAGAGUUUGUCGCCUACCCAAUCCAGCUUUUGGUCACCAAGGAGGUCGAGAAGGAGAUCCCAGUGGCUGAAGAAGAAAAGCAGGACGAGGAAAAGUCUGACGCCGACGACAAGAAGCCAAAAUUGGAAGAAGUCGACGAGGACGAGGACUCUGAAAAGAAGCCUGAAACCAAGAAGAUCAAGGAAAACGUUGAGGAACUAGAAGAGCUAAACAAGACCAAGCCAUUGUGGACCAGAAACCCAUCUGACGUUUCUCAAGAGGAAUACAACGCUUUCUACAAGUCUAUCUCCAACGACUGGGAAGACCCAUUGGCCGUCAAGCACUUCUCGGUUGAAGGUCAGCUAGAGUUCAGAGCUAUCUUGUUCGUUCCAAAGAGAGCUCCUAUGGACUUGUUCGAAUCUAAGAAGAAGAAGAACAACAUCAAGCUAUACGUUCGUCGUGUUUUCAUCACCGACGAAGCCGAAGAAUUGAUUCCAGAAUGGUUGAGCUUCGUUAGAGGUGUUGUCGACUCCGAGGACUUGCCAUUGAACUUGUCCAGAGAAAUGCUACAACAGAACAAGAUCAUGAAGGUCAUCAGAAAGAACAUCGUCAAGAAGUUGAUCGAGACUUUCAACGAGAUCGCCGAGGACUCCGAGCAGUUCGAGAAGUUCUACUCCGCUUUCGCCAAGAACUUGAAGCUUGGUAUCCACGAAGACACCCAAAACAGAACUGCUUUGGCCAAGCUUCUACGUUACAACUCCACCAAGUCUGUGGACGAGCUAACCUCUCUAACAGACUACAUCACCAGAAUGCCAGAACACCAAAAGAACAUUUACUUCAUUACUGGUGAGUCUAUGAAGGCUGUUGAGAAGUCUCCAUUCUUGGACGCUUUGAAGGCCAAGAACUUCGAGGUUCUAUUUUUGGUUGACCCUAUUGACGAAUACGCCUUCACUCAAUUGAAGGAAUUCGAAGGUAAGACUUUGGUCGACAUUACCAAGGACUUCGAACUAGAAGAAACCGAAGAAGAAAAGGCUCAGAGAGAAGAGGAAGCCAAGCAAUUCGAACAAUUGGCCACCGCUCUAAAGGAAGUCUUGGGUGACCAGGUCGAGAAGGUCGUUGUCUCUCACAAGCUCAUCGACGCUCCAGCUGCUAUCAGAACUGGUCAAUUCGGCUGGUCCGCUAACAUGGAGAGAAUCAUGAAGGCUCAAGCCUUGAGAGACUCUUCUAUGUCUUCCUACAUGUCUUCCAAGAAGAUUUUCGAAAUUUCUCCAAAGUCCUCUAUCAUCAAGGAAUUGAAGAAGAGAGUCGAGGAAAACGGCGCUCAAGACAGAACUGUCAAGGACUUGACCAAUUUGUUGUACGAAACCGCCUUGUUGACCUCCGGUUUCACUUUGGAAGAGCCAGCCUCUUUCGCCUCCAGAAUCAACAGAUUGAUUUCUUUAGGUUUGAACAUCGACGAAGAGGAGGAAGAGGAAGCCGCCCCAGAGGCCGCAACCGAAGCCCCUGCUGCCGACAACACCGCUGAAACCGAAAUGGAAGAAGUGGAUUAA